GAGGUCAAGGGGCAGGGGGAAGGAGGGAGGGCGUGAGGGCCUCGAGGGGCAGGGCGAGGGGACGAGGGAGGAGGGAGGCUGAGAGCGUGUCACAACAAACCGUUUCCCUUGUCACUUGUCAGAGGGAGAGAGAGCACAGAGUGCACGCGGAGGGGGCGCGAGAGUGAGCUGGAUGCGGCAGGGAGAACGAGGGCCACCCGAGCUCGUCUGCCUCUCAACAUGGCGGAGUUUCAAGUGCAGGCCAUGGCAGAUUCGGCGACUCCCGAGGACCUGCCACAGAGAGGAAGAGUGACUGAAGUAUGUCGAGAAUGGUUAAUGCACGAGGACUUCGCUUUAGCUCACAAGCUACAAAAUGAAGAAUAUCAGUCUCGCCUGGUCAGCAACCGUGAAAGAAACCAAAUCCUCCGUCAGGAUACUCCAAAGGCAAGACAGGAGCAGAAUAGAGAGGACCAAGAAGCAGCCAUGGCACAGAUGGCCUAUGAAAUGUAUCUCGCCCAGCAGGAGGCACGUGAUGCUGAGAUGGCUGCUAUGCUAUCACAGAAGCUUAAUGUUGACGAGAUGGAGGCAUUGCGGCAGCAAGAGGAAAAAGACAUGGUUUAUGCUCGCAACUUAAUGGAGCGGGAAAAGGAAGCAAUUCGACAAGAGAGAGAAUUGCGUCAAGUGGAAAGAGAGGCAGCUUACUUAGGCAUUAACUCAGGAAGUGAUAAUGUUGCCCUCUUGUCACGCAAAGAACCAAGAGAUCCUGAUUUAAAUGGCACAACCAGCAGUGAUAGGUCAGCACGCAGCAACAUCAGUGACUUAUCAGAUCUUAGUGACUUUUGUCGUCAACCAACAGAGGACAUGGAUGAAGAACAGAUUCGAGAACUCCAAGAGGAACAAGAUGCAGAGUUAGCCCGGCUACUUCAGGAUCAAGAUGGGAAACGACGAGGUGACCUGCUCCACCAAGACCAACUUAUGGCUAUUGAAGCACAGGACAGAGAGUUGGCCAAAGUCCUCCAGGAGCAAGAACGAGCCAAAGCUAAAAAAGCUCGUGAGAAGGCUCGGCAGAAGGCCCUUCAAAAGAAGCAAGCUCGAGCAUCACAGCUACUUGAAGGAGAUGUUCCAGCAGCCUCCACGCAAACCCAGGCGGGAAACAGCAGAACCCCAGUUGACGCCAUAAGAGGCGACCCCCAGGCAGGACCCUCAGGUUACAGACUGCCAAACCCACAGCAAGACACUGAGUAUGGAAGCAGAAGUCCAACCUAUGCAUCCCCAGACUCACCCAGGGAAGAUUCCGAGAGCACCUGGCAGCCCCCACCCAGAGGAAGUCAGCUGCAGAGACCAAACUCCCUAGACCUGCCAGGAAGCUCUCGUGUGUCACAGCCUCUGGCGCCUGUAGAGAGAACAACCAAGUAUGCCCAUCAGUUUCCCGUGGGAAAGACUAAUAAGCCAAGGUUACCAGACCCUGAUGCAAUAGAAAUUGUAGAAGAAAGCAGCAGUAGUAGUACUGAACACAACUUGAGCAUGGGAUUCACCAACAUUGCAUGUGCUAUUGACCCAACUUACCAGAGACGUGUCAGGCAGGGUGAGCUGGCCUCCCCUCAGGCCACUCUACAGUCAUCCUCAUCUUCUUCAACCACAAGUAGUGGCACAGGAUUCAUGGGACCAAGUAUCACUUCUCCAGUUUCUCCAUUACCACCUCCAGUGUUUGAUGAUGAUGAUGACUACCCAGUACCACCCUACAUGCCCAUCCAGGGCCAGAGACGCACUGCAAGUCUGGAGAAGAAUAGACGACCAAAACCACCCAAAGAAAAGAACAACAGUAAGGAUGGUUGCAAACAACAGUGAAGUACCAAUGUCUUGUAACCAAGUAAUAUUGAUUUAUAGACUAGUAAUACUAAUAGAGAUUGACUCACAUGGUAACUCACAUCUCCAACUAUAUUAGGAGUGUGGCUGUACCUAUAUUGUAUUCUCUACACUUUACUCAAUUUACCUUGGUAAGGUUGGUACUGUAACUUUGCAACUGCAGAUAAUAGGUAUAUGGAUCAUUGGGCAUCUUGGCAAAUUGAGGCAACAAUAAUGGGUGUUUGCAUGGUGAGUGGCAAACCCAUGUGGGGACUGUGCAAUGGACUGUAAUAAGGUUUCAGAUAAAGCUCUUUAUUUGGAUGGAAUGUAACGGAAAUCAGCUUCUGUUAUGAUGAUGAUAAUAGAAAUCAAAACAGGAUGUGUAAAUUCCAUAUUCAUUGUCUUGUUCGGUUGGAAGACUUAUCCUGUUGAUCCUGAGCAUCAUUGAAACAGUUUAAGGAGAAGACAAGUAGUUUAACAUGAUCAGCUUGGUUAAUGCCAAGUUGUGGCAGUAUUAGAAUGUAAACUCUGUGUACGGGCACAUAAAUCCAUGUGUUACUUCAUUGCAUGUUAAUACCAAAGUGUUCAUACCUGAUUCUUCAAGAUUAUAUUUUUGCAAGUUGUCACACUCCAAGGAUGUCAUGCUUUCAUGAUCUUGCUUUACUAUGAAAUCAUUCCUAUGUGACAAGGGACCAGUGAUAAAAUUUUCCAUUUCUUCGUAGCUCGGUGGAAUCAGGUAUAUAAAGUGCUUUUAGUUUUCAUAUUUUUGAGACUUCCAAUGAAUGCCUUUAUAUUUUAAUGAGAUAUUUGUUGACCUGUGAUGUGUCUAAUGAAGAUUCUAUCCAUUUUCCUAUAUUAAAUCAGAAUUGUAGCAGAAUUGUUUUACCAAUAUUAAAAACUAAUAAUAGAAAUAUCAUCAUCUACAAACUUCAGCAUUCAUAGAAAUCUGAAUUUCAUGAAAUGUACACAUAUUUGUGUACAUCAGAACUGACAUAAACUUACAUGAAAAGUAACUCAUCCAAAAAAAAAGAAAUAAAACAGACCUAGAAGAGGCAUAGCUAUAGA